AUGUGCAACGCGUUUUCGAUCUUUUUCAAAUGCGGGCACCUCGAGAACGCCCAGGGUAUCCCGUGUGGAGGACCAGACUGUCCAGCCUCUUUCAGGCAGCUUACAAGCCAUCAGGUCUGUCUAAACUGCGCUCCUUACGAGUACAUGGACAUGCGUCACGCGAACAUGAACCAACCUGCCGUAUAUGAUGACUUUCUGUUCGAACGAAACUUCGAUAUCGAAAUGAUCGACCCUGAAAUCUACAAUGGCAUCGCGGGAGUUGAUGAACGGAGCAUCUCAUUUGAGCAGCUAGAGAACUCCAACCCAAGCCGUCACCAGGGCAUCCAGCUUGAUAUUCCAGCAGAGCUAGAUGGUGGCAUCCAGGGGCUCCAGAUCGAGGCUCCACCUCGCCCUACCUUCAUCUACCCUCCUCCUGUCAAUCCGCUUUUCGGUUGGGACCACAUGGGGCAAAUCCACCAACACCCAAGCUACCAAGACUAUGCACCCAGCCCAGAGGGGGAAGAUGUUUCUUGCGCCCCUCAAGCUCCUGUCAUGCCUUCUUCUUCUUCCUACAGGCCCUUUGGGGAUAGUGACAUGAUAGCUGAGUACGCCACUCCUUCCCCCCCGUUUAUGCCGUGGCUACGGAAUAAAGCGGUCUUCAGCUCCGACGAAUUCUCUGGCAGUGCACCACUAGCAUCUAGACGCCCAAAUCCACGUGAACUAAGUCCUACCCCUGGUACACGUGGCCAUGAGACGUUUCUAGACGCAGCGUCCGCGAUCUUGGACCUUCCAUUGCCAUGGCACCAGAAUAAUACCUUACGUGAAUUCCUGGCUGAACAUGAAGAUGGAGAUAGUUCUGAGGAUGAAGAUGAAGAGGAAAUUGACCAUUCGGUUCCCCAAUUUGCGAAGAUACGCCAGCCGAACUUUUUACGCGACGAUUAUGACGAGUUACCACCGCUGAAGGGCCUGGCCGCCUCGACUAGCGGCUAUGCUAAGCUUGGCACCACUCAAAAGCCUACACCAGCCGAUACCGAAGAUGGCACUGCCAGUAAGUCUGGAACUGUUACCAGAACUUUUCCUGCCGUCAAAUCCGGGCCUUACUCCCUUGCUCGCUCUAGUUGA